CCAUUUCAAAAGUCAAAACCCUGUCUCCUCCGUCCCUCCUUUUUUUUCUCCUCUCUCUCAAUCACUAAAAAGUUGUCUAUACGUAUAUACGUAUGCAUAAGCGAAUAAACCACCAUCUCUACAUAUAGUCGUACACCCUCCCCUGUCUCUCCCUCUCUCUCUGAAGGUUUUGGCCAUCGAAGAAUUUCAAGCUGCUUUUAUUUGAAAAUUUCUCAGACAAAGUGUCGGAGUGAGAAUAUAAAAAAGUAAGAAUUUAACAUAGCAUUUUGAAUAGACAUGGAUCAUUCAGACCAAAGGCAGCAGCCAGGGGUGGGAGCGGCAGCAGGCCGCGGCUCCAUGGCGUAUCCCACUGCCCCCUAUCAAACAGUUUCCUCUCCAACUAGUUUCGCUCCUCAGCAGCAGCAGCAACAACUUCAAGCAUUCUGGGCGAAUCAGAUGCAAGAGGUCGACCAAACCACCGAUUUCAAGAACCACAGCCUCCCCCUUGCCCGGAUAAAAAAGAUAAUGAAAGCCGACGAGGAUGUUAGAAUGAUCUCUGCGGAAGCCCCUGUUAUAUUCGCCAAGGUAUGCGAGAUGUUCAUCCUGGAACUGACGCUGCGCUCUUGGAUCCACACUGAAGAGAACAAAAGACGGACUCUGCAGAAGAACGACAUUGCUGCGGCCAUCUCAAGAACCGACGUUUUCGACUUCUUGGUUGAUAUAAUUCCUAGAGACGAGUUGAAAGAAGAGGGGCUCGGGAUUACCAAGGCUGCCAUUCCGUUAGUUGGAUCGGCUCCGGAUGCGCUGCGCCCGGAAUGAUCAUGGGAAAGCCGAUUGAUCAGGCUGCGCUCUAAGGAGGUCAGCAGCAGCAGCAGGCUCCACCAGCCUUCAUGCAGUGGCCGCAGUCGCAUCCAUCGCAGGAGCAGCAGAGUGACUCGUAGGGUCGUCGUUGUGUGGUCUAUAAUUAUGUAAUGUUGUUGGUCGUCUUGGCGUGGUGUGCUAGUGCUACUCCCAAACUUAGUGGUGAGAUGAAUUUGAUGUAUGCAGUGUUGCCUGACGAUAUUUAUUCAUAUAUUAAUGGUUGGGAAUGCGAAA